AUGCCGCCGACGCCGCGAAAGCGGAAGGAACCCCCAUCCCCGCCGCGGCGCCCGCCGUCCCGCCUGGAUUUCCGCGCGCCGGCGGACGGCGCGUGGUACGGCGCGCGCGUGGCGGUGCAGCGCGGCGCGCUGCGGGUCAUGUACGAGGAGUUCCCGGAGGAGCAGGACGAUUGGUACGACCCCGCGUGCCUCGCCUCCGAGCGCGACGUGGCCGCGCUCCGCGCCAGGUUCCGCGCGCUGUCCCCGCCCCUCGACGACGCCCGGUGCCGCGACCUCCGCGCCGGCGCGCCGCUCUGCGUCUCCUGCGCCCUCGACGGCGGCGAGCUCAAGUUCUACGACGCUGUCCUCGAGUCCGUCUCACCGGCGGCUCACGAGACCGUGGACGGCGAGGAGCGGUGCCCGUGCCGUUUCGCGGUGUGGUGGACGGAGGGGCCGCGCACCGGGAGCCGGGAGGAGAUCGGCGUCGAGCGGGUCUGCUGCGUGCAGUCCUCCUCAGUGCAGGACCCAGUGCUCACCGAGUUCUUUGACGGCGUGACCAAGCUGCUCGGCAAUGACAACGGGAAGAGGACGGCAUCGCAAGCGACCGGCACCGUGGCGGAGGAAGGCGGCGCCCCUAGGGACGCGCCGCCCGGAUUUCGCCGGAAGUAUGGAGCAAGGAAGUAGGCAUGCAAACAGCAACUGGCUCGAUGUGCAUGGUUCGGUGGCUGUGCAAUGGGUGCACACCCUCUGACCUCUGUGUUUCUUCAACAAAUCAUGUGCAUAGUUUGUCUGUGGUUCGGUCUUCUCUUCCAAAUCCUGUUUCCUCUUGGUUCGAC